CGCCGGGAGGGAGUAUAAAGGCGGCUGGCAGAGCGCGAGGGGCCGCAGAAGAGAAAGCGGGAAUGCCGGAAAGAGCUGCCAUGCCUCUGCAUUGCCUCCUGUUGCUGCUGGCCUGCUUGGGCGCAGCCUCUGUGGCCGCCCAGCCCCCUGCCUGCAAGAUGAGGAUCACGGACAAGGGCCUGGCGCUGGUGAAGCAGGAGGGGCUGCGCUUCGUGGAGCAGGAGCUGGAGAACAUCUCGAUCCCCGACCUGCAGGGCAAGUACGGCAAGUUCUACUACAACAUCAGCAACGUGAAGGUGACUCACCUGCAGCUGAACUUCUCCGAGCUCCACUUCCAGCCAGAGCAGUUCCUGGCCUUCCGCAUCAACAACGGCUCCAUCGGGGUGCGAUUCCGGCGGCAGCUGCUCUACUGGUUCUUCUAUGACGUCGGCUCCAUCCAGACGUGGGCCGAAGGGGUCAACAUCCACACCCUGCUGGAGCUCUCCAGGGACGAAGGGGGCCGCCUGAAGAUCACCAACAUGAGCUGCAGCGCCUCCAUCGCCCACAUGCAAGCCGGCUUCAGCGGCACCCUCCGAAAGGUCUAUGAAUUCGUGGCCAGACUGAUCACCAGAGGAGUACGCUACCUGCUCAGUCAACAGAUCUGCCCAGCUCUCAACCACGCUGCGCUGGUGCUGCUGAACUCCCUGCUGGACACGGUGCCCGUGCGCAAUCCUGUGGACGAACACGUGGGCAGCGACUACUCCCUACUCAGUGACCCCCACGUCACUGCGCAGAGCAUAGACCUGGAUUUCAAGGGCAUGUUCUUCCCUCUGCGAAGCGAGAACGAGACGCUGCCCAACGUGGCCCCGGAGCCCCUGCUGAGGGAGACGGAGCGCAUGGUGUACCUGGGCCUCUCGGAGUACUUCUUCGACUCCGCCCUCUUCUCCUACUACCGGGCGGGGGCCCUGAGCAUGGAGUUCGUGGGGGACGAGGUAGGCCGGGUGGGGCAGGGGUCUCUCCCAGGGGCCAUCCUGUCUCCCCCACCCCCCCAGGACCCCGAUGUGGUGGAUGCGCCCCUGACCUUAAAGCUGCAGGUGACCAAAGCUCCUCACUGCACCAUCCGGCCUUCCGGCACCUACAUCUACGUCUCCGCCGUGCUCAAUAUCUUCUUGGCCCCCCCAGACCAGCCCCAAAUUCUGCUUUCCAGCCUGAUUAUGGAAUCCCGCUUAAGUGCCAAGGUGGUGCUUCACAAUAAGGCUCUCCGGGUGCAUCUGGAUCUCCGAAGGUUCCGGAUCUACUCCAACCAGUCGGCCUUUGAAUCGUUGGCACUCCUCCCACUGCAGGCCCCCCUGCAGACUCUGCUGCAAAUGACCAUCAUGCCCUUCAUCAACGAGAGGACCGAGAGAGGGGUCCAGAUCCCCCUCCCUGAAGGCAUGGACUUCACCCAGGAGGCCGUCAGGAGCCACCUGGGCUACCUCACCAUCGGGGCCGACCUGCAUUUCACCAAAGGGCUGCGAGAGGUCAUCGAGAAGCUCCGGGCGACCCCGGGCUCUUCUCUGGCCUCCACCGCUGCCUAGGGGCCCUGGAUCUCGUCCCCCACCUGCUCCCAACUUUACCUGCCUGGCCCAGUCAGGAGGAGCCCUCUGCCGCCAGGAUCCCCGUGAGGCUCUGGGACGGCUGAAUAAAGAGCUACACU